UAAAAACAUAAUCUCAGCUUAACUAUAUAUCUAAAGCCAUAAAAAUUUGCUGUCAAAAGACUAAAUUUUAAAAGUUAAACAAAUUGGCUUAAACAAAAGACUAAUUUAAAUAUGCAGCAAGAAUAAUACUUAAAAAUUAUUAGCUAAGUAGAGAAAUAGCUUCAAGUACUUCUUUAAAAAAAAUGCGACCUUUUGUUUCGAAAGUUUGUACCUAAUUCAAGCAGUGAUGAGCUAGAUUUGAAUUAAAUACCAUUACAGUUGAGACAAUUUUCAAAUGCAGAAAGAAUGGAUUUUAUGAGCAUGUUUAAUAAAUAUCAUGAAGAAACAUAAUGUCAAAGAAUAUCAAAAAAGGAUUUCGAAAAAACAAUCUUAUAACAUAUUCUUACCAAGAAUGAUAAAUCUUUUAAACAAUAUCUUUAUAACUUAGUAUUUGACGAUGAUAUAAAGUUGAUUGAUGGAGAAUUGAAAAACUUUAAACAAAGUGUCAAAGUAAUUAAAUCAGACUAAAAAGAGAAUAAAGAGCCUUCUUAUAACCAAAAAUAAUCUGAAGCAGCUGUAUCAUAGCACAACCUUAGAAUAUCACCUAAGAAAAUCUGUACAAUCACUAUUGAUGAGCCACAAAAUACUCCGUAGUAUAAAACAUAAGAAUAAAUUGAAUAGAAGAAAGGAUUUAAGUAGUAGUAAUAUCAAACAAAUUUGUAAUCCGAAAUCAAAAAAGAAAUAAAUCAGAUAUCAAACAGAAGAUUUAGUAGCAAUAUAAUGAAUCAUGGUUAAUAUGUUUAGGGUUAGAAAUAAAAUAAGAAUUAAGUUUAAGUAAAGCAAAGAUCUGUUUCUCCAAUUAAAAGGAGCAACACAAGGUCAAAAUCACCAAUUAAAUAAAGCAAUGAAAAUUUAGGAUACUCAGAUAUUUAUAAGAUGAAAAAGAACCUUUAGGAGUAAUAAAAAUAACUUUAAUAAUAAAUAUUACCACCUCAAUAAACAUAAUCUAAUAAGUUAAAUUAUAAAUAUCCAACAUAGAGUUAAAAAAAGCUAGAGAGGUUUAAAUAAGGAAUAUUAGAUAAUAUAAUCUAGCAGAAAACAAAUAGUUUUAAAAUGAAUAUAUACAACAACGUAAAAUGA